GGGAGGAGGACUUUUCAAAGCAGGUUGGAAAGGAGCGGAGGAGGCAGAGGCUCGCGUCCUCCUCAUCACCCGCUUUCCCCGCAGAGACCCGCCGCUCCGGGCCCUUUUAACAGGGCUGCGGGUUUGCAGUCGCUGGUGAAGGCUGGAGGCGGCUGCAGAGGCGGGCGUCCCGCUGCGCUCUGCUGUCCUAGGGGACUACACUGCAGAGCUAAAAGGAGUGGAAGAGCCUGUCUUGGACAUUUUCCUAGGGAAAUCCUGAGAUCAUUCAUUAUGAAGUGUACCGCGCAGGAGUGGCUCAGAGUAACCACAGUGCUAUUCAUGGCGAGAGCAAUUCCAGCCAUGGUGGUUCCUAAUGCCACUCUAUUGGAAAAACUUUUGGAAAAAUACAUGGAUGAGGACGGUGAGUGGUGGACAGCCAAGCAGAGAGGAAAAAGGGCCAUCACAGACAAUGACAUGCAGAGUAUCUUGGAUCUUCAUAAUAAGUUACGAAGUCAGGUGUAUCCAACAGCUUCUAAUAUGGAGUAUAUGAUAUGGGAUAUAGAGCUGGAAAGAUCUGCAGAAUCCUGGGCUGAAAGUUGUUUGUGGGAACAUGGACCUGCAAGCCUGCUUCCAUCCAUUGGACAGAAUUUAGGAGCGCAUUGGGGAAGAUAUAGACCUCCAACGUUUCACGUACAAGCAUGGUAUGAUGAGGUGAAAGAUUUUAGCUACCCAUAUGAACAUGAAUGCAACCCUUAUUGUCCAUUUAGAUGUUCUGGCCCUGUAUGCACUCAUUACACACAGGUGGUGUGGGCAACAAGUAGCAGAAUAGGCUGUGCCAUUAAUUUGUGCCAUAACAUGAAUAUCUGGGGGCAGAUUUGGCCCAAAGCUGUCUACUUGGUGUGCAAUUAUUCCCCAAAGGGAAACUGGUGGGGGCAUGCCCCUUAUAAGCAUGGACGACCCUGUUCUGCUUGUCCACCUAGUUUUGGAGGGGGCUGUAGAGAAAAUCUGUGUUACAAAGAAGGUUCAGACAGAUAUUAUCCUCCGCGAGAAGAAGAAACAAAUGAAAUUGAACGUCAGCAGGCCCAAGUUCAUGAUACUCGCGUUCGAACAAGAUCGGAUGAUAGCAAUAGAAAUGAAGUCAUAAGCACACAACAAAUGUCCCAAAUUGUUUCUUGUGAAGUAAGAUUACGAGACCAGUGCAAAGGGACAACCUGCAAUAGAUAUGAAUGCCCUGCUGGCUGUUUGGAUAGUAAAGCCAAAGUUAUUGGCAGUGUACAUUAUGAAAUGCAAUCCAGCAUCUGUAGAGCUGCAAUUCAUUAUGGUAUAAUAGACAAUGAAGGAGGCUGGGUAGAUGUAACUAGACAAGGAAGAAAACAUUAUUUCAUCAAAUCCAAUAGAAAUGGUGUGCAAACAAUUAGAAAAUAUCAGUCUGCUAAUUCCUUCACAGUCUCUAAAGUAACAGUUCAGGCUGUGACUUGUGAAACUACUGUGGAACAGCUCUGUCCAUUUCAUAAGCCUGCUUCACAUUGCCCAAGAGUAUACUGUCCUCGUAACUGUAUGCAGGCGAAUCCACAUUAUGCUCGUGUAAUUGGAUCUCGAGUUUAUUCUGAUCUGUCCAGUAUCUGUAGGGCAGCGGUACAUGCUGGGGUCGUUCGAAAUCAUGGUGGUUAUGUUGAUGUUAUGCCUAUGGACAAGAGGAAGACUUACACUGCUUCUUUUCAGAAUGGAAUCUUCUCAGAAAGUUUACAGAAUCCUCCAGGAGGAAAAGCAUUCAGAGUGUUUGCUGUUGUGUGAAAUGGAACACUUGGAAGGGGAUCAUAAAGUCUAUUCCAAAUGCCAUAUUUCUGAAAGUUUGUAUAAAACUGUAACAUUACUGUACAGAAGGUAGAAACUAUUUUCAGCCCCACCCAAGUGCCAGAUGCAUAUAAAUCUUGAUAGACAAAGUCUAUAAAAUAAAACAU